GUUGAGAAGCGCUGUAUUAGGUGCUCACGAAAUGUCUGUUAAACGCACAGAGAACUCUCUUAAAGCAUUUCCCAGAGCUUUUCAGAUCCCGUCAUCUUUUCCUGAAGGGCAGCUCUGAUCACAACAUCUGCCUCCCGUUACAAAGCCCCCGAAGUAACACGCACCCUAAGAAGGCCCUGGGGACCCGGCCACAACCCCCAGACCUCCUCUCUGCCCGCGGGCGCACCAGGAGGCCCCUGCACUCCUGCCCAGGUCUGAGUCCCUGCCCGGAACCUGUGAGCAUCCUUUUCACCCAUGCUUCUCCGCCAAGAGCCUACCCACCUACAAGGUCCUCCCCAAGUGGCUCUACCUUCAUGAAAACUGUCAACACGUGGAGGUGCUCUCUGUGGCAUGCCCAGACCCUCCGCCCGAAGGGGAAUCCGUCACGAGUGAGCGAGGCUGUGUCCCCGAGAGCCCAGGACUUGGCGACGAGCUGAGCACCAUGGAGAAGUUCGGCUCCUUCUUCAGUGACAUCUGGGACACCAUCCUGACCAAGCACCAGGAGGGCCUCUUCAACAGCGUCUGCCUGGGCGUGGUGCUGGCGCUGCCGCUGCUGGUGCUCCUCGCCCUGGUCUUCGUCUGCUGCUACUGCUGCUGGAGCCGGCCGGGCAAGGGCCAGCAGCCGGAGCACGGCCCGGGGAAGAAGAAGAAGAGGAGGAAGAAGGGCGAAGAAGACCUCUGGAUCUCCGCCCAGCCCAAGCUCCUGCAGAUGGAGAAGAGGCCAUCGCUGCCGGUCUAGUGGGGCGGGCAGCAGAGGGUCCGCCUUCCAACGACACACGGGGCCUGGAGCGUCACACGCGUGUCCACAGAGGAACUUCUCAGCCAAGGAGCCAACCUCAGACUGAGUGUCCCCAGGGAGGGCACCCCCAGGGAGCACGGGGACAAUGCGUGGGCACUGGCUGGGCAGCUAUGUGUCCAAUAGCAACGCUCUCUGCUCCAGAUUCAGGUGUGCUGUCCGCCUACUUCCGGCACAGUCCAUACGCCAAAGCACAGGGAACACGUAUCCAUAACCAUCUGGGCUCACCAUGCACACCACACGCACGCAGUACAGUAUCUGCUCUCGCAAAAACAUCUCAUAGGAGGGCCUGGCCAGAUUCGGGCGCAAGUGCACAAUUACACGACCCGGCAAGGUUACAAACUCCAUACCUGUUCCAUGUACUACUCAGGUUACAGAUGUGUGCUUCCUACUCCGCUCCCCACAAACCCUCCUGCUGCGAAUCCUCAUCCUCGGACGUUUCAGCACCUGGCACAGUGCCCUUUGCUGUUGUUGAUGCAGACCCUCCAGCUCCUGUGCUCCUGACCCCUCCCCGAGGAGGGCAAGUUGACAGUGCAAUGGAUCCAAAUUCAUCGGAAGCUAUGGUCUCGCAAGGUCCUCAUUACCACGGUCGGUGUUGAACGUGGUCCAAGACUCCUCGUUGAAACGCUCCGCGCAGAGCCCCUCAGGAAGGCUCCUUCUCCACACGGGACAGCAGCUCUGGGUGUGGCUCCUAGAGAGCUAUGGGAACCAGGUAACAGGCUGCUCGGCCCACUCCACCCGGUGCACCGUCCUGUGCAACGCAGAGGUGGAAGGAGAUGCCCCACCUGAGCUGGGCAUCCCCCCGGAGCCAGAGGCUUUCAGUGGGGAAGGAGUGAAGACAUCGCCGGCACAGCCUCGCAGAAGGCACACUGGAAGCGACGGGUGGCGUGCUGAGGGUGGGAUGCGGGAGAUUCAGACUUGAAGCGAAAGCAGGAUGAAGCUAUAUAGAGGUUUAUUAAUAUUUAUCUUGAAGCUCAGGCAAGUGCCUUGCGCACAGUGGGUACUCAUAACUGUCUGUGGACGCCGUUGGGUAUGUGAUGACGUUAAGGGUAAGCUGUAAUACCUCGCCAGUUCCCCCAAGUGGCCUUCUGAGUGAGCCCCCCAUUGCUGCGAUGGUGGAGGUGGGUGUUGAAUUCUGCAGAACCAGGGGGUGGGUUGGCAGGUGGGCCCCGAGGUCCGUGAGGACAUAUCAACCAGGUCCACGGUGAGCUGAGGAGCGGGUCUCCCCACCAGGCUGAAGUUGGGAGGCCGAGGUAAUCCACUUGUCUGAUGAGCUGGUUGGUAUUUGGACUGGAUUGUGACCGUGUUGCAAUGGUGGGUAAUUCCUGAGAGCAGGCUGUGCUGUCCAAAUUCAUUUGCAACCCUCGGAGGUGGUUCCAAAUGGUGUGCAAUUGCCAUUUAAUUAACAGUGUAGCUAAACUAUGGUACUUAUAGCAGCAGAAACGAAAUGCUGUGCGAUUGCGCCAAGGGGAAAAUGCGCUCUAUCUGCGCACGUGGGCCACCAGGUUCUCACCUGCCCCCCAGGUGUGCUCCAGGCCU